ACUGUCAAUCUAUUUUAACAAAAUAUUUUUAAUCUGUUCUUACUUCUUGAGCAAGUUAGUCCGUGAUCUGUUUUGUAAUUUUUUGAUUUGUCUGCCUAUUUGUUUCUUCAUUGAGGAAACUGGACUAAAUAUUACAUUGUGUCGAUUUAAAGUGCAGUAUCAAGAAGAUAUGUGUGUGUAAUUAACGAAUUUGCUUCAAAAUGGGGGACGAUACUGAUAUAAAGUCUUUGCCAUUGUCAUGCCUUCCAUCGAAAACUAGGGAAUUGUUAUCAUGCCUGUUGGAUACCCCUAAAAUUAUCCCAAACGAUGGACCCGUGAAGCUGCCCAGGGACUGGCGUGGCUUAGCAUACCUGGUCAAUGUGUCAGCAGAAAAGGCAGAAUAUAUAAAACUCCAACCACAGAAGACUACAGAAAUCUUACAAAUCUGGCAGAAAGACCACACAGCUACCGUUGGUCAGUUACUGAGCUACUUGGAGCUCUUGGAUCGUUACGAUGUGUACGACGAUCUGUGCGAUGAUCUCAAGGAAUCCAUUAAGAGGAGAGAAAUUAUAGUGAAUAGGCAAAAUCAAAUAGCAAUAAACAACAAUAACAACGAUGAUCAGAAAGUGUUCAGCGCCAUCACGUAUGAUGAUGCACCGGGCUACGAGCAGCAUUAUGAUGCAUUUAUCUUGUACGCCAAGGAGGACAAACACUUUGUUGACGAGCUGAUCAAUAGAAUGACUGCUGCAGGCUUCCAGCUAUGUACGGAAGACAGACUGCAAGCAGGCCACAUGACGCCGUACGCGCCGGUCGCGCAGCUGAUCUCGGAGCGGUGCAAGCGCAUCAUACUCGUGUGCUCGCCCGAGUUCCUCAGCAGCCAGGCCAACACGUUCUAUAGGGAUUACGCUCAGGCUGUCAGCAUUGAAUCAAGUCACCACAAAAUAAUCCCCAUAAUGUACCGCGAGUGCCAGCUGCCCUCGCACCUGGCGUUCUACCACAAGCUGUACUACAACGAGCUGGAGGACCGCGCGCUGUACGACUUCUGGCUCAAACUGCGCCAGUCGCUCGAGCUGGCUAGAGCUGCACCCACGCCCAGGAUCGCUAACAGAAUGAAUGGCAACACAAUAGCAACCUCAAUGCCUCAAAUCAAAAUCGUGGAGCUGCCCUCAAGCAAGACUUGCAACGAAUACCUCGAUGACAACCACCUGUUCUUACCAUCUGCCAGCAAAAGCAUCUCUAUGAACGAACUAGAUUCCCUCAACGUACACACUCUCACAGCCGACUGCAACUCUCUAAGCAGUGUCAGUCAGAAGAGUGUCUCCAGUGUCAAAAAGAAGAAAAAACCCAAAAUAAUAAACUGGUUCCUCAAACAUUUGAAAAUAUCGAAGACAGAAGAAGCAAUAAUGGUUGCCACAUAAACAAAGCUUGGUAAAUGCUUAAACUUGAAAUACUGCGUCAGCUUCACAUUUUAAGAAUAGAAUAUUGUAAUUUAUUCUAUGCUUCAAAAAUGCUGGAAUGCAAUGACAAAAAACGGUAAAAAAUUAAAAGCGAAAGGUAGCCGUGGUGAAAAUGGACGCACAAUAAGCUUGAUUGAAUUGGCAAAUGUAACUUUACUUAUUACUUUAUAGCUUGUAUAUGUAACAUUGUAAUCACGCACUUCACAAAAUUCUAUAGUACAUAUCUUCAAGUGGCACCCUUACAGGUAAUCUGCUAGGAAUAAAAUUUAAUAUUCAUCAGAAUUUAUAUCCUAAGAAAUUUAAAAUUGAGAGCCUUGGUCAUCGCUUAAAGUUAAGAUAGACUGUCAGUGAUAAAAAAUAUGAUAGAAGUCAUUAAUAAUCAAUUUGUUCGCAAACUUCUCAUAUUACUCAAUCGCUUUUUGCUUUAAAAGUGCCUAGACGUAUAAUUAUAAUAUCAUAAGAGAUGUAUAAUCUAUACGAAUAAGGAGACAUUUAGUAUACUAAACAAAACUUUUUAUAAUACAAAUUGUUAUUAUAAGAAAGUUUAUUUUUCGAAAAUUUAUUACGAUAAAUAGUUAUAAGUCAGAGAGUCGUACCUUGUACGAGGUUUAAUUAGUCCUUAAAUAUAAUUGAAUUAUUAUGAUAAUUCAUAUGUUAUUGUUACGAUUGCUUGUCCGUUAGAGUUUAUAUACAUAAUUCUUUCAAAAUUGUGAUAUUUGUUGAAUUUGGAAUAGGUCUUUGGAAAAAAAAAUUCACACACUAAAAUAUAAGUACGUAUAAAAAACAGAAAAGGAACCUAAACAAUGUAUUAUAGUUAUUAUAGGCGAUAAAAUUGUAAAAAGACAACAUAUUUUUGGAAACAUUGUAAGCCCAAAAACGUAUUUUGUAAACUUCUUCCAUUUAAAAGUUGUGAUUUUUAUAAACUUAUGAAAUGAAAUAAUGAUUAUUGAAUAUACACGUGUUGACCUUUUUGUCAAUUUUACUAUUUUUA